UCGAGGAAGUAGAGAAGCACUGGAAUCUGAAACACCAGGUGAUGUAAUCAUAUCAAUAUCAGCAAUGCCUCAUUAUCAAAACAAAAGUCAUCAAGUGUUGAGGUUUGAGGACUAUAAGCUAAAAAAGGCAUGUCGAGGAAGUAGAGAAGCACCGUAUUCUGAAACAUCAGGUGAUGUAAUCAAUAAUGGUCACUCAUUUGAAAAAAUGAUAUCAAUAUCAGCAAUGCAUCAUUACCAAAACAAAAGUCAUGAAGAGUUGAGGUUAGAGGACUCCGAGCUGCAAAAGGGAUUCAACAUGUCAACAAAACCUUGGGGUGUUACUAAAACAGAAUAUCGAGGAAGUAGAGAAGCACCGUAUUCUGAAACACCAGGUGAUGCAAUCAAUAGUGGGCAUUCCAUUGGAAAAAUGAUAUCAAUAUCAGCAAUGCCUCAUUACCAAAACAAAAGUCACGAAGAGUUGAGGUUUCAGGACUAUGAGCUGCACAAGGGGUUCAACAUAUCAACAGAAUGUCGAGGAAGUAGAGAAGCACCAUAUUCUGAAACACCAGGUGAUGGAAUCAAUAGUGGGCACUCCCCUGGAAAAUUCAUAUCAAUAUCAGCAAUGCCUCAUUACCAAAACAAAAGUCAUGAAGAGUUGAGGUUUCAGGACUAUGAGCUGCACAAGGGAUUCAACAUAUCAACAAAACCUUGGGGUGUUACUGGAACAGCAUGUCGAGGAAGUACAGAAGCACCAUAUUCUGAAACACCAGGUGAUGGAAUCGAUAAGGGGCACUCCUCUGGAAAAAUGAUAUCAAUAUCAGCAAUGCAUCAUUACCAAAACAAAAGUCAUGAAGAGUUGAGGUUUCAUGACUAUGAGCUAAAAAAGGAAUGUCGACGAAGUAGAGAAGCACCAUAUUCUGAAACACCAGGUGAUGGAAUCGAUAAGGGGCACUCCUCUGGAAAAUUCAUAUCAAUAUCAGCAAUGCCUCAUUACCAAAACAAAAGUCAUGAAGAGUUAAGGUUUCAGGACUAUGAGCUGCACAAGGGAUUCAACAUAUCAACAAAACCUUGGGGUGUUACUGGAAUAGAAUGUCGAGGAAGUAGAGAAGCACCGUAUUCUGAAACACCAGGUGAUGGAAUCAAUAAGGGGCACUCCUCUGGAAAAAUCAUAUCAAUAUCAGGAAUGCCUUGUUACCAAAACAGAAGUCAUGAAGAGUUGAGGUUAGAGGACUCCGUGCUGCAAAAGGGGCCCUAUAUCUCAACAACACCUUGGGGUGUUACAGGAACAGCAGGUCGAGGAAGUAGAGAAGCACCGUAUUCUGAAACACCAGAAGGUGAUGGAAUCAAUAGGUGGUGCUCCCCUGGAGAAAUCGUAUCAAUAUCAGCAAUGCCCCAUUACCAAAACAGAAGUCAUGAAGAGUUGAGGUUUGAGGACUCUGAACUACAAAAGGGGUUCUUCCAUAUCUCUACAAAACCUUGGGCUGUUACUGGAAUAGAAUGUCGAGGAAGUGGAGAAGUACCGUAUUCUAAAACACCAGAAGGUGAUGGAAUCAACACUGGGAACUCUGAGCUACAAAAGGGAUCUAGUUUCCCUUUGCAGUAUCCAUUUAAAGAAUCAAGCUGUCUCUCUCAUCCUCUCACUUCUCCUGUGCCAUCAAGUCAGCCAUCUUUUGAUUCUCUUCGGGGAACAACCUUUGGUACAUCAACUGCUGCAUAUGUGAAACCAACAGUUGGCAGCACAAGCAUGGGUUUUGAUCCUCUUCCAUUUGGCGGUUCAAGCGCUGUUGGGUCUGUUGGUCGAGAUCCAAGAACUUGUGCUUUUGGAACAUCUAGCACCAACGUGUCCAGUGCCACAAACAACUCGACACUUGGUCUUCUCAUUACAUCGUCAACUUUAUCUGAUACUUCAAACAAUUCCGUGUCAAAUAAUUUUGGGUUCGGUCAUGGUUCGACUUCUGAUUCUGCAAGCAGUAGCAUAUUUGGAAGUCAGACUUCUUCUGGAUCUGUUGUCACAACUGAAACUAAAAAUGAAGAAAGUAGGCAAGGAUUUUCUGCAACAGAGGUAGUUCCAAGAGAAAAUGAAAGAGAUGUUUCGAAAAUUCAGUCCAUUUCUGCAAUGGCAAUCUACGAACAUAAAAGUCAUGAGGAGUUGAGGUCAGAGGAUUAUGGACUAUGUAAUGCAUGUUAUAAAGAACCUUCGAUCAUCGCCUCAUCAUUCAUGAAGUCUACCCCAGUAACAUCGUCAGAUCCUUGCUCUUCUUUCAUGAAUGCAUCACAGCCUCAACAGACUGCUGACAAAGUAGGACCCAUUUCAACUAAUGACCCGAAUACACCAUCUCAAGCUUCAAGUGGCCUGCCAAUAGUGACCGAGUUUACCAGUCAAAACAUCAAUGGACCACACUACACUCCUUCAAGCAAUUCACUUAUGCAGUCCGUGACAUCAAUACUUCAUGGAAUACCCACUCAGGAGCCUAAUGGUAGAAGCAGUGAGACUAAGUUGCAGGUGAUGUUUUGCAUUGAUGAAGAAGCUAAUGGUUCAGUAGCCCCUUCGCUGCCACGGAAGAAACCCAGAGCUUGGGUCAAUAUCACCUCACUGUCUCUUCAUAUGGCUCAAGGCAGCAAAGGUGAUGAGGUCAAAGACAGUUGUAGUUCUGUACAAAUUAUGGAAAUAAAUGAAGACAUGCAUGCCCUUCUGAAUCUGCACGAAGUUGAAGUCGCUGCAACAACUGAAAGACGCAAUGCUGAUGUUUUAGCACUACUGCCAAAGCUUCCUGAUGGAGUUGAAUAUUACACGGAACCUUCACUGCGCGAGCUGGCAGCUAAGGAAAUGGCAGAAGCGGGAUUCUGCAGGCGUGUGAAGGACUUUGUUGUGGGAAGGCAGGGUCAUGGAAGCAUCAAGUUUCUUGGAGAAACAGAUGUCUGCCAUCUCGAUGUUGAAUCCAUCGUGCAGUUGAACAAUCGGCAAGUGAUCAUUUAUCCGAACGGGAGAAAGAAGCCACGAGACGGGGGACAGGUUAACAAGACAGCUGAGGUCACUAUGCUCAAUGUCAAAUGCAUCAGCAAAAAGACAGGAAAGAAAUAUGUCGAAGGGCCUCAAGUUGAGAGUUACAAAGAGAUCCUGGUCAAAACGGUUCGAGAACGUGGAGCGGAGUUUGAUUCAUAUGAUCCAGUUGAAGGGGAACUGAAAUUGAGGGUUAAACUCUUUUAGCUAGACUUAUCGGUAUUAGGAUCAUGUGGUUUCUUAACUGGCUUAGUUUUGUCUACUAGUUAAAUUAGUACUACUUUUAUAAAUAUUCUUAUUAA